UGCAGGCUCUCCGGUCGCUGUGACACGACCAGGCCCAGGUCUGCCUUGCCAGGACUCCGUAUUCCAGGAAUCUACCUCUCCAGAAGUAGGAAGAAAAAAAUGACCACAUUCAAGGAGACGGUGACGUUCAAGGACGUGGCGGUGGUCUUCACGGAGGAGGAGCUGGGGCUUCUGGACCCCGCCCAGAGGAAGCUGUACCGAGACGUGAUGUUGGAGAACUUCGGGAACCUGGUCUCUGUGGGGCAUCAACCAUUUAAACGAGAUGUGGCCCACUUGGUAAGAGAAGAAAAGUUUUGGAUGGUGAAGUUAGCAACCCAAAGAAAAGGCAGUUCAGGAGAAAAAGUCCAACAUGAGAUGGAGACUAUUCUUAAAGCAGAACCACAUGAAGAACUUUCCUGCUGGCAAAUCUGGCAACACAUUGCUAAUGACUUAACCCGGUGUCAAGACUCCAUGAUAAAAAGUUCUCAAUUCUACAGACAACGCGAUUUACCUGGCCAGGUUGGGGCAGGACUGUCUAUAACUCAGACAGGCCAGAGAACUUACCAGGGAAAUGGGUGUAAAAAAUUCUUCAGUGAUACCUCCAACUAUGAUCUUCAACAGUUAAACUCAGAAGAGAAGUCUCAUACAUGUCAUGAGUGUGGGAAAUGCUUCUUUUAUAGCUCAGCACUUCGUAUUCAUCAGAGAGUUCACCUGGGAGAGAAACGGUAUAGAUGUGAUGAGUGUGGUAAGGAAUUCAGUCAGAGCUCACAUCUGCAAACCCAUCAGAAAGUCCACACUGUAGGGAAGCCAUUCAAAUGUGAGGAGUGUGGGAAAGGCUUCAGUCGUAGAUCAGAACUUAGUAAUCAUUGCAGGUUACACUCGGGAGAGAAACUUUAUAAGUGUAAGGGAUGUGGGAAGGCCUUCAUUAAUGCUUGCCAUCUUCAGGACCAUCAGAGAGUCCACACUGGGGAGAAGCCGUUCAAGUGUGAUAUCUGUGGUAAGAGCUUUCGUCGUAGAUCGGCACUUAAUAGUCAUUGUGUAGUCCACACAGGAGAAAAACCGUACAAAUGUGAGGAGUGUGGGAAGUCCUAUACUUGGCGUUCACGUCUUCGUAUCCAUAAGAAAGUUCACAUGGGACAGAAACCACACAAAUGUGAGGAAUGUGGAAAGAGCUUCUUUUCUAGGACACAUCUUUAUUACCACCGGAGGUUCCACACAGAGGAGAAACCCUAUAAUUGCAAGGAAUGUGGGAAGAGCUUCAGAUGGGUCUCACCUCUUUUGACACAUCAGCGAGUCCACAGUGGAGAAAAACCAUUCAAAUGUGAAGAGUGUGGGAAGGGAUUUGGUCAGAAAUCAUGCCUGCAAGCUCAUCAGAAAGUCCACACCAGAGAAAAACCAUACAAAUGUGAGGAGUGUGGGAAGGGCUACAAGACAAGCUUGGAUCUUGAUGUGCACCAGAGUGUCCAUAUGGGAGAGAACCCAUACACCUGUAGGGCAUGUGGUAAGCACUUCACUAGGACCUCAAAUCUUAAAGUUCAUCAGAGAGUCCACACUGGAGAGAAACCGUACAAAUGUAGUAUGUGUGGUAAGGUCUUCAGUCAGUCUGGACAUUUAAAGUCCCAUCAGAGAGUUCACACAGGGGAGAAACCUUAUAAGUGUAAGAUAUGUGGUAAGCAGUUCAGUUCAAGUUCCUAUGUUAAAAUUCAUCACAGAAUCCAUGCUGGUGAUAAAUUUCAUCCAGUCUCAUAG